GGCGGGCGGAAAGGCUUUUGGUAUCCUCGCAGUUUGGUUGUCGGCCAUUUCCGUCUGGCAGCAGCAAGUUCCAUCAACGCGCGGGAGGACAGAGAUACCGGAGAGCUGAAGAUGCAGGGAAACCGCGGAUUUCGGUCAGAACAGCAGAACCACGCCCACCGCAAACAACACCAACAACAACAUCAACAGCAGCAGGAGCACGAGCAUGAGAUCCCGUCACCUACCAACGGGCAGCAGAACGCAAGUGAGGGGGUCGUCAUCGAUCUGAAGAGCUUCAAGAAGCCGGGGGAGAAGACCUACACCCAGCGCAGCCGCCUCUUCGUGGGCAACUUGCCUCCCGAUGUCACAGAUGAGGAGCUGAGGAAACUAUUUGAGAAAUACGGCAAAGCCGGGGAGAUCUUCAUCCACAAGGACAAAGGAUUCGGCUUCAUCCGGCUGGAAACACGCACCCUUGCAGAGAUUGCGAAGGCCGAGCUGGACAAUCUUCCAUUGCGAGGGAAGCAGUUGCGCGUUCGAUUUGCCUGCCACAGUGCGGCGCUCUCGGUGCGAAACCUUCCUCAGUUCGUUUCCAAUGAGCUGUUAGAAGAGGCUUUCUGCAUUUUCGGUCAGGUGGAGAGAGCCAUCGUCAUUGUGGACGAUCGCGGAAGACCUACCGGCAAAGGAAUUGUGGAAUUCGCUUCAAAGCCGUCGGCCCGGAAAGCUCUCGAUCGUUGUGCCGAUGGCUCUUAUCUUCUCACCGCGUUUCCACGUCCGAUUACCGUAGAACCGAUGGAUCAGCUGGAUGACGAGGAAGGAUUACCGGAGAAACUUGUUGCUAAAAACAAUUCCUACCACAAGGAGCGGGAGCAGAUGCCUCGUUUCGCUCAGCCGGGCAGCUUUGAGUAUGAAUACGCCAUGCGUUGGAAGGCCCUGAUAGAGAUGGAGAAGCAGCAGCAGGAGCAGGUGGACCGAAACAUCAAAGAUGCCCAAGAGAAGAUGGAGGUGGAGAUGGAGGCUGCGAGACACGAGCACCAGGUCAUGCUCAUGCGGCAAGAUUUAAUGAGACGACAAGAAGAAUUGCAUAGACUGGAGGAGCUACACAACCAAGAUGUGCAGAAACGCAAGCAGCUGGAGCUCAGACACGAGGAGGAGCGCAGAAGGCGUGAGGAGGAGACCCGCCGGCAGCAGGAGGAGAUGCUGAGACGCCAGCAGGAAGGGUUCAAGAGCAACUAUCCAGAUUCUAGAGAUGCUGACAUGAGGAUGGCGCAGAUGGCAAUGCCAGGUGCGAUGGGAAUGGGUAAUCGCGCCUCCCUGGGAAACAGCAGCGUGCCUGCCGGAAGCGCUACGCCCAGCGGGGCCAGCGCCUUGAUGCCGGACCCGACUGCUAUGGGCAUGACUCCACCCACAGCGGAUCGCUUUGGCCAGGCCGCCAACCUGGAAUCCCUCGCCGCUGCGACCAGCCAACAAGCCUUCCAGCGCGGCACCGCCGCGGCCGAAUACGCUGCCAAGCGCCGCCGAUAUUGAUCGUUUUUGUUGUUGUGUUUUUUAUAUCCCUUCAGCUGUAUGAGUCGCUCGUGUGACUGGAUUUGUGUUGGUAGCGUUCAUCUUUGUAAGGCCGUCUCUGGCGCGUUUAAAGAGACUUGUCUGAAUCAUUAUUUUUUUUAGUCACAUUUUUUUUGUGGGCGGGGUUUAAGGGGGCGGAGCACCUGCUGAAGAACACAAUAUCUUUUUCAAUGUGAACUUUUCCAAGACGAUUUGCUGAAUCUCCUCCCAUCGCGGUCAGCAGGAAAGGCUCAGCGGCGCGGCGAUGUGACCAUUGUGCCUCUCAUUCCGUUCUCCUUCCACGCGCUUCUUCAUCGAUCGGCGAUCCCUCCCCACCGGCUGUCCUGAGCCACAAUGGAGAGGCUCCUUUUUUUUUUUUUUGUAUGGUUUCUCCUCUACGGACCACACUUCAUGUAGUCUUAUGUCAUUUUAUUAUUUUUCCAUUUGUGCUUUUCUUGUCUGUUGGGAUCAUUUUAUUCCAGUUCUCAUGUCAGUCCUGCAGCUUCGGUUACAAUCUCCCGGUUUCCUUCCGUGUACGGCUCCUCCCACCUACCAAUAGCGAGGGAGAGGGGGAGGGGAUUAGAUUGGUCUCUCAGCAAUGUGAAAGCAGUUCAUUAAUAAAUGGGAUUUUAAACCUUUGUUUUCCAGAA